AUGAUCAAAACGGGGUCUCGGUUGACCAGCACCUUGCCGCCGGAUACGAUGGACAUCAUCCGGAGCAAGAACCACUCCCGCCGAGUGAGACUCAACGUCGGGGGCCUUCUCCACGAAGUCCUGUGGAGGACGCUGGACAGGCUGCCCCGCACAAGACUGGGCAAGCUGAGAGACUGCAACACCCACGACUCUAUCAUGGAGAUAUGCGACGACUACAGCUUGGAUAACAACGAGUACUUUUUCGACAGACACCCCGGCGCCUUUACCUCCAUCCUCAACUUUUACCGCACUGGGAAGUUGCACAUGAUGGAGGAAAUGUGCGCCCUGUCUUUCAGCCAAGAGCUGGACUUCUGGGGCAUCGAUGAGAUCUACCUGGAGUCCUGCUGCCAGGCCAGGUAUCACCAGAAAAAGGAGCAGAUGAACGAAGAGCUCAAAAGAGAGGCCGAGAACAUGAGGGAGAGGGAAGGAGAGGAGUUUACCACCACAUGUUGUUCCGAAAAGAGAAAGAAGCUCUGGGACCUCUUGGAGAAGCCAAGCUCAUCCUUUGCUGCUAAGAUCCUGGCAAUCAUCUCCAUCCUCUUCAUUGUGUUGUCCACCAUUGCCUUGUCUCUGAACACCCUUCCAGAGCUGCAGGACACAGAUGAGUUUGGUCAAGCCACAGACAACCCACAACUGGCCCAUGUGGAAGCCGUGUGUAUUGCCUGGUUUACCAUGGAGUACCUGCUCCGUUUCCUCUCCUCACCCAGCAAAUGGAAGUUCUUUAAAGGUCCUCUGAAUAUUAUUGACCUGCUGGCCAUCUUGCCAUACUACGUCACCAUCUUCCUAACAGAAUCGAACAAGAGUGUGCUGCAGUUUCAGAAUGUCCGUCGUGUGGUUCAGAUUUUCCGGAUCAUGCGGAUCUUGCGUAUUCUGAAGCUGGCCCGUCAUUCCACAGGUCUUCAGUCUCUGGGCUUCACUCUUAGGAGGAGCUAUAAUGAGCUGGGCCUGCUCAUCCUUUUCUUGGCCAUGGGCAUCAUGAUCUUCUCAAGUCUGGUGUUCUUUGCAGAAAAGGAUGAAGAGGACACCAAGUUCAAAAGCAUCCCAGCGUCCUUCUGGUGGGCUACCAUUACUAUGACAACAGUAGGCUAUGGAGAUAUCUACCCAAAAACUUUACUGGGAAAGAUAGUUGGGGGUUUGUGUUGCAUUGCUGGAGUGCUGGUGAUAGCCCUGCCUAUCCCCAUCAUUGUAAAUAACUUCUCUGAGUUCUACAAAGAGCAAAAGAGACAGGAGAAAGCCAUUAAAAGAAGGGAGGCCCUGGAGCGGGCAAAGAGAAAUGGUAGCAUUGUUUCUAUGAACAUUAAAGACGCAUUUGGCCGCAGUGUUGAGCUCAUGGAUGUAAUGGUGGAAAAAGCUGAUGAAAAGAAAGAGAAGGUGCAUGAUAAUCAUGUGUCUCCUAGUCAGCAGAAAGGGACACCCAAACUCAAGUCACAGGCCAGCCACAGCAGCCCCACGAAGACCCUUGAGUCAAGCUACCAAGAGCAGGCCAAGCCCUCGAGCAGCCCUCAGCAUCUCAGUGCACAGAAACUGGAGGAAAUGUAUAACAAGAUGGCCAAGACCCAGUCACAGCCCAACCUCAACAGCAAGGAAAAAGGGCCGCUGUCCAAAGCAGUUAAGCAGAGAGCGGAAUUUGAGAUGGGAAACAUCCCUGCUGAAGCCAUCUCAUGCACAGGGGAGGCAGUGACAGACAUGAGGAGUAUGUCCAGCAUUGACAGCUUCAUCAGCUGUGCCACUGACUUUCCUGAGAGCUCUCGCUUUUCUCACAGUCCCAUCAGCAACAUGCCGGGGAAGGUCAGCACCAACCCCAGCCUGGAGCCCACAUUGGAAAAUGAGCAUGAAGGAUCCCAGGGAACCACUACACCCCUGACAGGACAAGGCACCAGGCCCAUCCCAUAUUCUGGCAGCCCCAGGGGCCCGCGUUUCAACAACCCCCUUAAAAGCCGUUCGCUCAAGGUCAACUUUAGAGAUGGUGAGGAUACAGGGACAGGAGCCUUUUCAGACAGCUCAUCAGUGCAGAGCCCGGAGGUGUCUGUCUAUACAACUGCCAGCAGCAGGACACCCACCAAGAGCCCAGAGAAUUUACUGCCCAGCAUCUUCACAUUCCACGAUGCAUCCAUCAAUAAGUUCAUUGAUGCUGACACAGAUGAGGAGGAGCACCUGCAUGAUGGUUCAGGCAGCAACCCAUCCCAAAGACUCCUGGAAAAAGCCAGCCCCAAGUUUGGCCAUCACUCCAGCUUCCAGCAGGGGUCCAACCACAUGGAAGGCCUGCAGAGGAAGCUGGGAAACAGCACACUGCCGUUAGAGGGGCAGGAGAACCAUGUGGCUCAGGAACUACAGCCACUUCAGGGAGAGAAGAGUCACUCUAAUGCUUAA